AUGCAAAAGUACAAUUCAAAACAAGGGAAAGAAGGCCCAAACAAUUUGCAUUUGAAAUGGAAGGGACGACUAUUCAUUUUGGUUGCCAGGAGGUUGUACUUUGUUGUUUCAUAUCCUACUACUUCUUACAAGCUUCAACUCUCUUAUGAGAAUAUUUGGCAAGUUCAACUUAGACGUUCACGUGGAAAUAAUGCAAAAUUUGUUGUUAUUCAGCUCUAUGGUGCUCCACGAAUUUACCAGAAACAGCAUUUCUCAAUAGAGCUCGCAACAGAGGGGUAUUAUAGAGAAACAACUUACAUGAAGGAUAACUGCCCCACCAUGCAACAUGAAGCACAGAGCAGCAGAGAACUCGAAAAGGCAAUGGCCCCACCAUGCAUAGAGCUCGCAAAGCUUUUCUCAAUAGCUGUAGAUGUAGAUUUUCCAAAAACCGGUGUACAUAUCGAUAUGUACUUCAAACUAAUCAUUCUCAAUAUUUUUUGAAAAAAAAAAAAUACUCAAAUGAUAGAGAAACAACUUACAUGAAGGAGCAUAGGCAAGAGGUGUAUGAAACCAAAGAUGUGCUUCACUCAUCUAUGCGAUUAACAUCCAUAGAUUGAUGGGGAAAGUACCACAUUGUAGCAGUAAAGAAGGUGAUAUUUCCAUCAUCAUCAGUGUUGGGAAAUGAAGCAAAUUUCCCGAGUGACUCCCCUUUAACAGCAACAGCAACAGCAACACCGUGGUUCAAGUCGCUAUAAAAAAAUGCAUAUUCUUCAAAUACACGGUUUUACCCAUUUCAUUUCCCCAGAAAUUUUGAAAUUGAAGGUCUCUCACCUGAACUUACAAACAUAGUCGCAUAAAAGAAGUAAUUGGGCUUCUUGAUUUCGAGCAUUGUCAAUUUGGGGUGUGGAAUGAGUCUCAGUUCAAAUAAACAAUGCAUCUUAUCGCUUAGAGCAUAUAUUUUCCCCUUGAAAGCAUAUAUAUCAUGGAUGGAGAAAGGGUAGGAUUUACCCUCUAUUGAAAACCAUAUCUCCUUGCAGGAAUGAAGCAACAGAACAAUAUAUUGAGGGUGAAAAGACGAGGAUAACCCUGCCAAUGCCAGGGUUGUAAUCAGAUGGGAAAUUUAAGGAAAUGAAGUUCCUUCCUUGUGAAUUGUGAUUUGUGAUAGGGUUCACAAGCCAGAAGCUGUGGGUUUUCUUAACAAAAAAGAUCAAGUAAGUAACCACAUGUCAAUCCUACACAGGCGAAUGGGGAAGGAAGGAUGGUUUUAAACCUUCUUUUUUCAAAGUCCUCCAGGAAGCAGGUUUUGUCAUGAGCACGACAACAGAUACUUAUUAUGGUCAUGGGUGGGCAUGGAGGCCAUAAACUUGUUUUUUUCAUUAGAGCACGCCCAAGACUUGCAAACUCCACGGAAUGAAUAAUAAUCCACAACUCCCAACCGCAUCAUCACUAAAUCAAGCAAAUCAUGGUUAACAUCUGACCAAGUCUUGGGCAUCUCCCUGCUCAGCAUCAUCAUUCUGGUUUCUAGCCAUUCCUACACUUGCAUAUAAAACCAUAAUAUAAUUCAUCAAACAACUACAUGAAUCCUGUGUGAUGUUAAUCAUUUUAAUCCACAUACUACACCUCUCAGGGUUUUAUUCCCUAUAGUGAUGGUUUUUGUAACAGAGUUAACCAAAUUGUGUAUGUUUCACUAAAGUUUUUAUGUACUUUAUGGUGACAUAGAUUAUUUAGACCAAUCAAGAUGCUUAGUUAGUGCUUGUUCUUA